AUGGGUCAUCACUGGCCAGACGGAUUUGCUCCAUGGUGCCCCGACAGCCUCAGCUCGUCAUCCGCCCUCCUGGCAUCGUCAAGCAGUGGGUCGAGGAGGGCAACAAGCUUCUGGCAGCCACGGUUGUCCUCCGCAACGGUAGUAUCGCUUCCAAUGAUAGAAUUGCACGCAGUUUGGCCGACCGAGCCGGGAGCAGCAAGGACUCGCCUAUUGAAGUCGAGGCCGACUAAGGCUGCGCCCUUUGCACCCUACCUUGCGCCUCGAUCGGUCAGCGCUUCUCGCAAACAUCCGGACGACCUCUGCACCUUUCAAACAUGGGUACUCACGCUCCCUCCUCCAUUGGCACGAGACAGCUACAGGCCGCAGCCGCCAAACAACCCCGGUCUACCGAUGGAUACUGCCGCUCAAGCCCAAGAGGCCGAAACAGAGCGAUGGUCGUUCACCCGGGGCGGAACUCCUCAACGAGACCCGUCUCGAACUCCUCCACGGCGACAACAUCAGCCGCGGAACGGGAAUAUCGAUUCUACACCUCGACGUCGACAUGUUCUCCUGGCACAAAGCCCUCAAGUUAAUACGCGCCGCGCCGUACCCGGCCCAGCCCCCAUCAUAUUCGAUCAAGUUCUCGACAGGGCUGCUAUACGACAUCAGCACGGCGGAUUUAUGAUGGCAGGCCGUGAAGGAGCUAUAGGGCCUAUUUCAGCCGAAGGUGCUGUCGGAAAUCUCGCACGUGAAGAUCGGCGAGACGCAUCACUUUACUGUCGAGAUGUCUACGCAACCCCCCAAACACCGACGCCAUGGAUCUCGACGCAGAUGACAUGCACUGCAGGAUGCCUUGAACAGCCUUUUCACCUAGUUCAUUGUCAACCACGCCGCGCAGCACAGCCAGAGACUUCCCCGUUGCAAGAGCCAACCCGCACACAAAGCACGAUUUGUCGCUUCCUCAUCUCGUUCUUCUCACGGCGACACGACUUUGUGUUAUUUUGCACAUCCCCUUACCUUUUCCUCAACACUGCGGCCUCGCUAGAGAACAUCCGCCCUUGCGCCUACGCGUCGUCUUCUGUCAUCGACGCUGUCGCUCGCUCCUUCCCUUACCCGGCCCCACUCCCAAUGUGCACCAGCCCGCCUCUCGAUUAUCCUGCAUCAUCGACUCACGGCCCAAAACCCGGCCUCCUCCCACUCGCAAUCCAGCGACUUGCUGCUGAACGAAUCUACAUUAUGGCCGCCCCACCUCAAGAUGACAUUGACAAGUUCAUGGCCGACGCCGUGGCUUCCGUCCAUGACAAGCUACAAGAGCUGGGCUUGGAUACGACUGCCGAUCCAUACACAUACCAGGCUUAUGGGUUGGUUUCCGAGCUGAGGGCCUCAGUCCAUGAAAGCGCAGGAGGCCAGCCGAAGAGGAACAGAGCCCAUCGCCGUGUCCACGACGACAACCAUGACGACAUACUCAAGCAGCUCCCCGAUGCGGCUCGCCCCUUGAUGUCGGGGAUAAUGAGCCCUCGUCUGCUGCUUCAGGGUCGUCGCCGUGUCAGGAAGGCGCUUGAAAACCUUGUUCGCAAAGGAAAAGAAUUACACACCGUCUGCGGCGGACAUGCUGGCAUCCUCUUCGUCUUACCCUUGAACGUCGACCAGACCCUGGAUGUCCAACCGACUCACGAUAUCCUCCGCUUGAGAUUGGCCACGGCAGCCCACAUCGGUAAACAGGUCGCCGGGCUACCCUGGGUCGGAAAGCAUCGCGAGAGAGAGCCUGUACGGCAAGGCCUGCCACGUGCCCAUCGUCCUCUUGGUUGGUUUACGGAACUGACCACGCCCCAAUUCCGCCUUAUGGCCAGGGCCCGCCGUGAAGAAUCCCCUACACCUGUGCAUCGGAGACCGAUAUAG